AUGGAGCCUCCCAAGAAGCAUAAGUCCAGUGGCGUGCCAGUCAAGGAGGAAGUGGAGUCAGAAGAUGGAAAUGAUUUGUUAGUCAAGCGCAGAAGGACUGAAGCUUCAGGGUCCACUGUCCAACUACAACAGCAAAUUGAAGUCUUUGGCAUGGAGAACAAAGCGCCGUCUGGUCUUCCAGUUGAAGAUUCUACUGGCAAGGCUCCCAUGGACGUGCUCACUAGUUGUGCAGUACAGAACUCUGGUCAAGCGAAUGGUUGCAGUAACGAAUCGGCAACCUCGAGACUGCUGAAAAUAUGCAAGGCAAUUGGCUGGAAAGAACCAUCAUAUGACUUUGAAGAACAAGGACCUCAACAUAGCAAAAUAUUCAAGUGCAAGGUGACUGUCCACUUGGAUGGACCGCUCAGCACCAUUAUGGAGUGUUUCAGCGACCCCAAACCUAAGAAGAAAGCUGCACGAGAGAACUCCGCACAAGGGGCAUUAUGGUGCCUUAAGCGCUCUGGUUAUGUCAAGUGA